UAAUAAUAACAACAACAACAACAACAAUAAUAAUACUUUUAUUUAUAUAGCUCUUAUCAAACAAAAGUACAAAGUGCUUCACAAAAGAUACACGGCAAAAAACACCAUCAUUAAAGAUGCAAUAUAAAAUACAUGUGUUCCUGAGCUUUUGGAGAAUUCAAAUAAGCUCUUAUCUUGACAGCAAAGGUACUGGGACGCUUAAACAUUACUUUUAUAACAUCCCAUCUGCUCCUUUGCAGCUGGAACAGCUUCCACUCUUCUAGGAAGGCUUUCUACAAGAUUUUUGUUCUGUUCAUCCAUGGAUAGGGUUGGGGUCAGGGCUUUGUGCACAGGGGCAUUGUCAUAUUGAAAGAGGAAAAGGCCAAACACAAACUGUCUAAAGUUGUAUGUUGUUGCAUCAAGAUUUCCCUGGUGUCCCGGUAUUUUUGUCCAUACAGUGUGCGUCCGAGUCAUUUCACUCAGUAAGGCAGGGCAAGUUUAUUUGUAUAGCAUUUCAACAACAAGGGCAACUCAAAGUGCUUUAAAUAAAACACAACAAAGGGAACCAUAUAAAAGACAUUGAAAUAGAUUUUUUAAAAGAGUUAAAUAGAAAAUAAAAACAGGAUAAAACAGGAAAUCUUCCUGAGCAAAAAAAGACUAUUUGAGCGCAGCCCAGGAGGGGAGAGACGAUGGGAGGACUCUCUGUCAGCUGCAGGUGCCUCUUUACAGAUUCAAGGUGUGCAUGUCAUUGUCAAGAGGUCUCAUUUUCAUUUCUGGAGCAGGCCAUGUCCCACCUGUAGCCCUGGGAUGACAACAAAAAUAAUUUAUUUUAUGGCUAACGGGAGGCUGGAGCGAGCAGAGUUUGGAGCCGACUGCUCUGCUGCAGAUGUCAAAGAUCUGUUCCGGGCGGCGGCGGAGGCAGGGCCUCACCACAUCCUGAAGAUGUACAAACCAAACGGCAGCUUGGUGAACAUCUCCCCCCGGCUGGAAGCCAACAGCAAGGACUCGUACUACCAGCUGGAGGUGGUGGCGUCGGAUCUUCAGAGUGAGCGACCUCUUCUGUGACACCUUGAUCCGACCUGAACAGCAGCACGUUUCUAAGAUGAAAAGUCUUUAUUUUAUGGAUUAAGUAUUUCUCCACAUGCAAGAAUUCUUUGAAACAGCAUUUAGGGCGAUAAAAUAAAUAAAUAAAUGUAAUGUGACAAAAUUAUAGUCUUUGAAAACACUUCUUAAGAGUGUUACAUUUCAUUGGUGGAUUUUAGGGGGAAAUGGUAUUUCUCUAAUUAUGAGGACAGCAGUUCCCAACCUGCAAGUCAGAAUUUCACAACGGGUCGAAGAUAAAUCUGAUUCAUGAUGAGACAGCACCUGUAUCUUAAGUCAAAAAGAUCUGCAGCAGCUCACAUGUUCAUCUAUACCUCGCCUCUACAGACAGAUGCUCAAAAGUUUCAAUCAUUUUGUUAAAUGUGGACCAAGACCUGCCCCUGAAAUCAACGUGAAAUCCCAUCCUGAAGGUCCUCUUAUCAAAAUGUAACUCGCCAUUAUUUCACCAGCUUAAACUCCCUAAGAAAAAGUGAAAACAGUACUUUUAAUUUUGACCUAUUAGUGAUAGUAUGAGGGUUUUCGGUGUUUUUUUGUCCAUGUGCAGGUGUGGGGAUGCCACCAGAGCUGGACCACAUGGACUACAGGUGAGUGUGUCCUGUAAAGGGGAUUUAUUGAUCAGGUCUGGGUGAGAAGGACUCACUGUUGAUUCCUGUCUCCGCCUUUAGGCUGCAUCAUCUGGAGAGCAAAGUCAUUGAAGACAUGAGGAAGACUCCGGACAUCAUCUGUGAGCUGAAAAGCCAAGUGGAGUCUUUCAAGAGGAAGCUGGAGAGUGUGGUGCACCUGAGCUGGAUGGGUCUAUUCAAGGAUGACAGCAAGCAGCAGCUCUCCAAGUUCUCCCCGAAGCCCAAAACGCCUCCGCUGAGCUCGCAGGAGGAACGCCAACAAGUCCGCAGGAAGUUCCUCAACAUGAGCUCGCUGCAGGUGACAGAAGAAGUGAGAGAGCAUCUGAAAACUCCCAUUUUUGACAACUGGCAGUGGGAGGAGGCGGAGAUGCUGGUGCUCCUCCAGGUGAUGUUCACCGACCUGGACUUCCUGACGGCGUUCCACAUCGAGAUGUACGUCCUGCAGAACUUCCUGUUUGAGGUCUACUGCCACUACAACAGCAUCCCCUUCCACAACUUCCAGCACUGCUUCUGCGUCACGCAGAUGAUGUACGGGCUGAUCUGGCUGACGGACCUCAGGAGUAAACUAUCAAGGAUCGACCUGUUCAUCAUGUUGACCUCGGCUCUGUGCCACGACCUCGACCACCCCGGUUACAACAACGUCUACCAGAUCAACGCUCAGACCGAUUUAGCUCUUCGCUACAACGAUAUUUCCCCCCUGGAGAAUCACCACUGUGCCGUCGCCUUCGGCAUCCUGUCCAAGCCGGAGUGCAACAUCCUGAAGAACCUGAGCUGUGAGCAGUACAAAUACAUCCGAAGAGGAAUGAUCAAAUGUAUUCUGGCCACGGACAUGGCGAGACACAACGAAAUUCUCAACAAGUUCAAAACCAUGCAGCCGGUGUUCGACUUCACCAACAAGGACCACAAGGAAGUGCUGAUGAAGAUUAUGGUGAAGGUGAGUGACAUCUCCAACGAGGCGAGGCCGAUGGCCGUGGCCGAGCCCUGGCUGGACUGUCUGCUGCAGGAGUUCUUCAACCAGAGUGACACGGAGAAACUCAAAGGACUUCCAGUGGCUCCUUUCAUGGACCGAGACAAAGUGUCCAAACCGUCCUCUCAGACCAACUUCAUCAGAUUUGUUCUCGUGCCUCUCUUCACCGAGCUCACCAAGCUCUUCCCCUGUCUGGAGCAACACAUUCUGGAGCCGGUGCGACGAGCCCUGGAUUAUUACUCCAACAUGGAGAGAGCCAGCAAGGAGGAGGAGGGGACGAGCAAAGCAUGAGGAGGAGGCGGAGGAGUAGUUUAAUACCCAGAUUAGUCUAAAACAGAUGUGUUAGCUGACAGAGCAUUAAAUUCAGCAGCAGUGUGUUAGAGGAAGUCAUGCAGCAGACCUGCAUCACGUCAUCAAACGCAGAGGCCACGUCCCCUUUAAAACUAACUGACACACAAAUCCAGAUCAGAUUUGAGGCGUAAAAGAUACCUGAAUAUUCCAAGAUUAGGUUAGAUAGUUUGCUUGAGCAGUUUGAUCCAGCUAGAUCUCGGCCUAUAGCUCAGCUCAGGUGUCAACAGGUUGGUUAUUUACAAACGAUACCUGGUGUUUCAGUCAGAUGUCCAGAUGAACCACAUCUGGCCCGUGUGUUGGGUCAUCGAUCCACUUGGACAGAGAAAGACUGAACGGGCAUGACGGCUUACUGACUUAAUGUUAAAGUGCAAGUUCAGGAUGUAAAAUAAUUAUUAGAAAUAUUUAUAAAACAUUUACCAUGAAAUUAAUGCAUUUAAACACAUCAACAGGAUCUUUGGUUUCUAGCCCCCAAAAAGGGGCGGGGCCAUGACGUUUUAUGAAGUACCCGUGUGUGCCGGUCUGACGUAUUGCAUCUGAAUCAUUUUAUAAACUGUUGAGUUUCUGAAUUUUGUAACUGGUCGAGUUUUAGUUAGUGUCGUUACGUAGUUUUUUUUUCUCCAGAUUUUCAACAACUCUGCCUCUAACUGGCUCGCUGCCUCUGCUGGAUAAGGUUAUGGUCAGCCGAUCAGAGGGGAGAAGCUGGUGAGAGCUGUUGAAACUGUGGCGGGUGUUGAGAUUUGGCUUUUUAAAGAGGAUGAGUACCAUUAAAAGAAGCCCAUGUGACGUU